AUGGUGGCAGUACCGUUUUGUCGAUGUCGAGUACUAUAUAUCGGUAGCGCUGUGCCAACUAUAACUAAAGAUGGCCUACAAGGAAUUCAACAACCACUGCGUGAACGUUAUCCUAUUGAUGACAAUGGUGAUGCAAAAGGAAUUGAUUCAUGGCUAUCAGUGUGGUCUAACGGUUUGCUGUUAGAAUAUAUUGAUGGUGAGAAGAAAACUGAGACAGCUUUCCAUCCCAUCAAUUCUCUUCAUUACUGUGCAGCAGUACGAUAUGUAAAUGUGACUGGAUAUGCAAUUGAAGGCGGUGGAGAGCGUUUUCUACCUUUAGAUUCACCGUUUGCAAGUAACGAAGACAGCCAACAUCCACCAAUAUUCGCUGCUAUUUUCAGGAGAACCACUGGAAUUAAAGUCCUUGAAUGUCACGCAUUCAUAUGUACGAAUGCAAAAGCUGCAAAUGCUCUUGUGCGCUGUGGUUUUCACGCAUAUGCUGAGUCAAUGUAUGUAAAACUUGAUGAACGAUUACCAGCUUUGAAAGCUAUUAAAGAUGCUAGCCGAAGUGCUAGUCCACCAAGUGAACCAUUUCCAACAGAAAUUGAAGAGAUAACAGCAAUUGAAGAUGACAACAAAGAAUUAGAACAACAACGAUGGACAGAACGAACAAUCGGUAAGGAAGCCUGGGAGAGGCGACAGCAAUCAGGUGAAUAUGAUUCCGCCAGUAUAUCUUCCUCAAUCGGAAAUCGCUACAGAAACAAGAAGCAAGAUCGAGAACGAUCAAGUGGUUAG